AUGGCGAGAGCUGCCCAGCCCCACGCAGGGGCCCGCCUGGGGUCGAAGCCCCCGGGGUUUGCUCAGUUGUCUGGAUACGCCGUGGAGGGCUACGGGCGUCAGGUGGUCCAGCCACGUGAGCAGCGGUCCUGGGUGUGGGGGCUGGUCUGCCGGUUCACUGUGCAGGCAGGGGAGACGGCGGCUGAAGAAGCCUCCUGGCUCCACCAGAUUGUAGGGUUGUCUGGCGGAAGGAGCCAAGAGCAGCUGGAUCCUGGUGGAGAGCCAGCGGCCUUCCUGGAGGUGCAGCUGCCCGGACGCCCUUCGGACACAAAGCUCUGCGGGCGGAGCCGCUUCCCGGCUCGCCAGCUCUGCGCCCUCGGGGCGCGCACGCGGGGCAUUGGGGGUGAGACCCACGGGGCACUCCAGCCUGGGAAGCGGGCCGUGUGCAGAGGCCAGACCGCUGCUUCCCAGCGUCGCUUUCAGAGCCGGGGUGCUGGUGGCGAGAAGGUUCCUGCCUACCAGCGCUUCCAUGCCUUGGCCCAGCCUGGGCCUCCGGGCCUUGUGCUGCCCUACAAGUACCAGGUGCUGGCCCAGAUGUUCCACAGCAUGGACACCAUUGUGGGCAUGCUUCACAACCGCGCGGAGACAGUGACCUUCUCCAAGGUCAAGCAGGGUGUACAGGACAUGAUGCGCAAGCGCUUUGAGGAGCGCAACGUGGGCCAGAUCAAAACUGUGUACCCCGAAUCCUACUGCUUCCGUCAGGAGCGCAAUGUCCCCACCUUCAAGGAUGGCGUCAAGCGGUCAGAUUACCAGCUGACCAUUGAGCCGCUGCUGGACCAGGAGCCCGGUGGAGCUGCAGCCCCCCAGCUCACAGCCUCGCGCCUCCUGCGCCGGAGACAGGUGUUCCGCCAAAACCUGGUGAAGCGCGUGAAGGAGCACCACAAGGUCUUCCUGGCCUCCUUGAACCCCCCCAUGGUGGUGCCUGAGGACCAGCUGAUGCGCUGGCACCCACGCUUCAAUGUGGACCAAGUCCCCGAUAUUGAGCCGGCAGAGCUGCCCCAGCCGCCCACCACUGAGCAGCUCACCACGGCCCGGGAAGUGCUGGCCCACGCUCGCAGCUUCAUGUCGCCCAAGAUGGAGAAGGCCUUGAGCGAGCUGGCCCUGCAUUCAGCUGAGUCUGGCAGCCCCGGCUCAGCCCUGCCGGCCACCCCGCCUGCUGCCCUGCCGGCCACGCCACCCGCCACCCCCCCUGCCGCCUCCCCCAGUGCCCUGAAAGGCGUGUCCCUGGCCCUCCUGGAGCGGAUCCGGGCCAAGGAGGCCCAGAGGCAGCUGGCACAGAUGAUGCGGCAGCCAGAGCAGGACCUGCGCUUGCAGCGCCUGGAGCGGCUGCCGGAGCUGGCUCGUGUGCUACGCAGUGUCUUCGUGUCUGAGCGGAAGCCAGCACUCACCAUGGAGGUGGCCUGUGCCAGAAUGGUGGGCAGCUGCUGGGCCACUUUGAGCCCAGGUGAGAUGGAGAAGCACCUGCUGCUCCUGUCUGAGCUGCUGCCAGACUGGCUUAGUCUGCACCGUGUCCGCACUGACACCUACAUCAAGCUGGACAAGGCUGCUGACCUGGCGGACAUCACUGGGCGGCUGGCCCGGCAGGCCCGUGCGGAGGGGCUGAGCUGAGCUGCCACGAGAGCCCCCCAUGCCCAUGCUUGCUCUCU